AUGGCGCCAGUGGAGGCUCAGGACGGCUUGCGAGUGGUGGGAUACAAUCUUCCUCCUCGCAUCGGGUACAAAGUCAAGCUGACGAAACAAGGCGAACAGUCGUUUGACGAAGUUUACCACAAGAUCUCAGGAGGGCGCGAAGGAACGAUCACUGAUGUCAGAGAAGACGGUCAGAUCUGUACAGUUCGAUGGGCCCCCGGAAAAUUCGGGAGAUUCGAGCUCUACUGUGCAGCAGACAUGGAGCAAAGGAUGAGCAACCCAUUUGAAAGGGAUCUGCUGAAAACUGAAAACCUCCCCAUUCAAGAUUCAAAUGUGGAACCAAGUCUUGAAAGCCUUUUUGGCAAGGAGAAAUCCUUUGAGCCAGGCCAACAAGAGGAUGGUAAGAGAAAUGAAGCUUCUCUCAGUCUUCUUCCAUCGAGGAUCUCAGAAUCCUUGGCUCCACCGGCCUCGCUCAAUUCGAAAGCCGAAGACGCGAACAGACCUUCUAGCAACGCGCUGUUGCCAACCUUCAGCGAUGCUGCUGUGACGCAAGGAAGCAGUGCAAGAACUCGCUACAAGAACCCGCUCAACAAGUCCUCCCUGGCGCAGAGCGAGACCAUCUCCUUGUCUGGCAGCAUCUCCAACGGAGGGAUCAAGAAGGAAGAAGCCCUGGUAGCUGGUAGACCGCCAGUGAAGAAGUUGACAAUCGUAGACAGUCCAGAAGUAUGCAGGCCUGCAGAUCAGUCCAGCAAGGGUUCACCUGAUGUGAAGUCACCCGAGCUCGAGCUGGCAGCUGAGAAACCGAAACCUCAGUCUCUCGUGUCCAUGGUUGUCAAGAAUCCGUUGCGACAAGGGCUGGAGUGGGCAGAGAGCAAAAAAGUGACAGAGGACCAGGAGCAUCAGCAGUCUCAGACUGAUCCUUCGCUCAUGACAAUCCUGGUCAAGAGGCCGCUGAGAAUGGGCCUUGAGCUGGCAGAUACGAUGACUGAGCAGGCCCAACAAGACCAACGGACAAGUCCCUCCCUGAUCUCCCGCGUCAUCAAGCAGCCCAUUCGAAACUCUGGUCUCGUCAUGCCCGAAGAAACCUCGAACGGGAAUCAAGAGCCUUCGCUUCUCACUGUCGUCAUCAAACGCCCACUGCAGCAGUUUGUCUGGGGUCCUUCUGGCAGCCUUGAAACCGGAAAAGACAGCAAGGAGGACUCAAUUGUGACUGAGAUAAUGACGGGCGUCGAGCAAGAUGACGAGCACUGGAACUUUGGGGUUCCGAAGCAGAACACCGAGAUCGAAUCAUCGACAGACAAUGAUAGCCAAGAUGCCGCUCUUGCCCAUGCCGGUGAAGGUCAAAGGAUUGAGGGAACAACGGACAUGAAUGAAGAUGGUCUACAAAAGAUUGAUGAGGACAUGGAGUAUGACCCAGACACCAUGAUGCCUGUCAGGAAGGGACCUCUCGGUCAGGAUGAGGAAGAGGAAGAGAUGGAACUUGACCCUGAUACCUUGAUGCCCAUCCCCAAGAAGAAAGUACAGCAGCUGCAGGCCGCCAAACUUCCAAAUUUUUCUUCGUUCCGUGCAAGAAAGCUGAUUGGAGCCAACACCAAGCCUCCGACAGCGAAGCUUAUCACUGCUUCUGUCAACGGGGAAGUCGACGACAUGGAGACCCUUGACGACACCGCAAGCGUGUUCUCGUCCUCAACCAGAGUGUCUGAAGCCGCCCUCAGAGCACAGAUUUACGCUACGAUCCCAAGGAAUGACGAGCUGCCGUCUGAGUUGACCCAAACCUUCGAGAAUGUCAGGAAGCUCAACUCGUCCACAUACUCACCGGGUAACAAGCUCAUGGGAGGUCUGGACUCCUUCGAAGGGCAUCUACGCGCCAGCACUGUCAGGAGGUCAGCAGCUGUCAAGCCAGCGAAGGCGAAGGACCCGAAGGAUACUGAUCACGUUGAGGAGAUCGUUGAAGGGGUUUCGAAAUUCUUCAACUCUCACAGGAACACUGAAUGGUAG